AUGAGAAUAUAAACUCCUGCCAGACUGCUGAGUUCCCACUGAAGGUGAAAAGCCUGGCAGCCAUCCCAGGAGACAAGCACCAGGCAAAAGAUGCAGAGCUGCAGGCUGUGGGGUGCUGGACCUGCGGUCUCCACUUCCUGUGUCCUCCAGAAGUUGCCGGGAGUGAUGUUCAUCUGGUCCACGUUGAUGUGUGUCUCUGUCUUCACCAUCCAGCCUGAGGAACACAUGGUGGCUGCAGGAAGCUGCCAAUUUCAUGGCAGGCAUCCCAAAACCAGGUUCAAGGUAGAAGGGGAGCCUGUGGCCAUGAGGUGCCCCCAGGUGCCAUACUGGGACUCUGCUAGCACCCACGUCAAUGUGACAUGGCGUAGAAACGACUCCACCACGAUGGUCCCAGGGGAGGAAGAGAUGCGAGUGUGGGUCCAGGACGGUGGCCUCUGGAUUGUGCCAGCCUCGCGGGGGGACUCUGGCACCUACAUCUGCACUGUCAGAAAUGCCUCUUACUGUGACGAAAUGUCCGUUGAGCUCAGGGUUUUUGAGAAGACAGAAGCUUCCCUGCCUCUCAUCUCCUACCCGCAAAUUAUAACCUUGUCAGCCUCUGGGUUAUUAGUUUGUCCUGAUCUGAGUGAAUUCAUCGGGAACAAAACUGACGUGAAGAUUCGAUGGUACAAGGAUUCUCUCCCUUUGGAUCAAGACAAUGAGAAAUUUCUAAGUGUGAGGGGAACUCGCUUAGUGGUAAACAACGUGUCUCUGGAGGAUGCGGGCUAUUAUCGGUGUGCCAUGACGUUUGCCCACAGAGGCAGGCAAUACAACAUCACCAGGAAUAUCAAACUCCGUGUCAAGAAAAGAGAAGAGGAGACGAUUCCGGUGAUCAUCUCCCCCCACCAGACCAUCUCAGCUUCACUGGGGUCGAGACUGACAAUCCCGUGUAAGGUGUUUCUGGGAGCUGGCAUACACGCGACCACCUUGCUGUGGUGGACUGCCAACAACACACACGUAGAGGAUGCCUACCAGGGGGGCCGCGUGACCGAGGGGCAGCGCCAGGAAUACUCAGAAAAUAAUGAGAAUUACAUUGAAGUGCCACUGAUUUUUGAUCCAGUCGUAAGAGAAGAUUUGCACACGGAUUUUAAAUGUGUUGUCCGUAAUACAAUGAGUUUCCAGAUGCUUCGUACCACAGUCAAAGAAGCUGCCACGUUCUCCUGGAAGAUUACACUGGCCCCCCUUUCCCUCAUCUUCUUGGUUUUAGGGGGAAUAUGGAUGCACAGACGGUGUAAACGCAGAUCUGGAAAAGCCUAUGGUUUGAUGGAGUUAAGACCAGCCAUCAGAUUCUCAAUCCUAUCCGAGUAAAA